AGCCGAGCCAAGCCAAGCCAAGCCAAGCAAAACCUGCACCCUCGCUUCUCCCACCGCAGAUCCUCAAGGCAAUGGAGCCCUAACCCUCCUCAGCCUGCUGCACGGUGCCGACACAGAGAAUCAGCGGCGGAGACGCAAACGCCAAGCGGCUAUGGAGGAGAAGCACCGGCUGGCUGGAGUCUAGACCGCACUCUCACAUCCACCUGUCCGUCCGGAGGACUCCCCUGCAACAUUUCUGAACUCUUUUCACCACAAGUGAACCCCGGGAUUGUAUUCUUUUGUCUUGAUCGCCUCACACCAACAUUUGCACAGCAAGGAUGCAGAGGAAGGAGAGGAGCGUUUGCACGGGAUGCUGGUGGAGACUAUCGCUGCUGUCGUGCGUCCUGGCGCUGCACCUGAUCCCGCUGGUCCACGGAAAUGUCUCUGAGACCAAUGCUACUGAGUCAGACAGCCAAGUCAAUAUCACCUCCUCGGUCGUCGAGGAAGAAGGGCCUUUCAAGGUAAAUGAGGUCAUCGCCACGGUAACCGGGAAGAGCAUCUCCGUCACUUCUGACCCCAUCACCACCGUGACACCGAGGGCGGGCCGUCUCCCACGUGCCGGCGAGGACGACGACCAGAGCAGUGGCAUGUUCGGAGAAACCGUGGUUCCCACGGUGGAGGAAGUGAGGGUAGCAUCGCCCUCUCAGCUCAGCCCCGAUUCGGCUGAGACGGAGCUUCUGUUGCCUGGCAACCCACGUGGCCCGGACGUUGUGGAGACGGAAGAGGGAGGGAAUGAAGAAGAGGAGCGUCUGCCGAACAACGACCCACCUUGGAUCAACGCCAAGGACACAGAUGUGUUUGAUCUGGAUCAUCUUUUCACGACCACCACCGUCACUCCCUCCUCUCCCACCAACCCCUCCAAUCCCGACAUCCUCCACGUGGACUUCUUUGACCCCUCCUCUCGUGGGCGUAGCUUAGACAUAGCCCCGGCCUCUCCAUCUUCUCUUGCCCACGAGCUGCAAGGUGGUGAUGCUACUUCAUGGGCCAUGCCAGAAAACUAUGACUACAUUACGCCCUACGAUGACACGGUGUCCCCCACUGAGGAAUACAUCGACAGUACUACGACCGACGCUUACGAGAGCGAUGAAGACCUUCGAGAUCCCGUUGGGUUUCCUGACGUCUCCAGGCCCAGGGUCCCCGGGUCUGGCUCUUUUAUUCCCGGGGCGUCGUAUCCGGGCGUGGGGGCUCCGGUACCAAACGGCCCUGCGGCAGAACCUCCGGCUGUCCUGCCUAACGGAUGCCGCGUGGGAUACCAGAUGGUGAACGGAAGUUGCCGCUCGGCCUGCGACAUGCAAUCCAACUACUGCUUGAAUGGAGGACAGUGCUACCAGCUGGAUGGAGAAGAGAUUUUCUGCAGGUGCAACGUCCAGGAUUACAUCUGGCACAAGGGUGCGCGCUGCGAGUCGGUGGUGACGGAGUUCCAGGUGAUGUGUCUGGCCGUGGGCGCCUCGGCUCUCGUGGUUCUGCUCCUCUUCAUGAUCAUCGUCUGCUUCGCCAAGAAGCUCCAUGUGCUCAAGACGGAGAACAAGAAGUUGCGCAAGCGCAGCAGUAAGUACCGGCCUUCAUCGGAGCAGCACAAUGAUAAUUUCUCCCUGUCCACCAUCGCUGAGGGCUCCCACCCAAAUGUAAGGAAACUGUGCGACACCCCUCCUAACGUCCCUCAUGCCCGUGCAUUGGCUUACUAUGAUAACAUUAUCUGUCAGGAUGAUCCUAAUUCCCAGAACAAGCUGGAGGACCCGGUGAAGGCUCCGUCCAAGGAGGACGACUCCCUAAACAUCCACAACUCUCUGACCCCCAAACACGAGAACCACAAGGUCCUGGGCGAGGAGAACUCCUCGGAGGUAAACUCACUGCAGAACAACAUGAUGUGAAACACAACUAAAGGCAAAACCACCCCAGAAACCUGACAACACCAUACAGAAAACGUCAAGGUGCACCGGCAACGGAAGCCCACCACACCCUAACCCCCCCUGCUGACGAACCGGUCAACCAACCAACAACCAGCCUGUCAACAUACCAGCCAACCAACACAGUCUGCAACUGGUUGACACGGCAACACUGCCACAAGCGGCCCCCGGGUCGUUGCAAAUACCCCUACCGACAUCUCCUCCCCAGCUGAAAGAACCCUGCUCACUUCCCUCCUGCAGCCCCCCUUGCAGCAUUACCUUACGCGUCCAGCCAUGCCCCUGUUUCGCAGCCGAGACGCUCCUCGUUGUUUUCACUCUACUCCUCUUUUUUUCUUUCCUACCUGCACACACGCGCGCACACACACGACAAGAGAAGCAUACACAUACUGUGAAAAGAUGAAUACAUAGCCACACUUGUAUGUAUACACAGACGCACACCUACCCCCUCCCCUGCCUGCAUUGGUGUAUUUUGUAAAAAGAAAGAAGUCAUACAGAAGUUUAAAACCUACAUAAAAACGUCAUUGUUAAAAAAAAAAUAAUAAUAAUAAGAUAAACUACUGAGAGUUUUUGAUGUUUGUCUGACUAAUCCAGUGAGUAUGUAUAAAUAUUGGGAAAAAAAAAAGAAUUUGCUUGAAUUGAUUUAAAAGAAGCAACACGUGUGUCUUGGUUUUCAUUGAUGUGAUUUCUAAUCCUUUGAUGUAAUUGUUUUCUUUUUUUCUUUUUGUACUUUUUGGGACUUCGAACAGAGAAUAAACAAACGAGACUCAGACAGUUGUUGAAAUAAACCUUUUUAACAUGA